UUAGGUAGUGUGUGGGUGAGUGUGGUCUUUGUGAGCUUCGACCAUGGCGUACCGGGGCCAGGGCCAGAAGGUGCAGAAGGUGAUGGUGCAGCCCAUCAAUCUCAUCUUCAGGUACUUGCAAAAUAGAUCUCGGAUUCAAGUGUGGCUUUAUGAGCAAGUGAAUAUGCGGAUAGAGGGCUGUAUCAUUGGUUUUGAUGAGUAUAUGAACCUCGUAUUAGAUGAUGCAGAAGAGAUUCAUUCUAAAACAAAGUCAAGAAAACAACUGGGUCGGAUCAUGCUAAAAGGAGAUAAUAUUACUCUGCUCCAAAGUGUCUCCAACUAGAAAUGAUCAAUGAAGUGAGAAAUUGUUGAGAAGGCAAUACAUUUUGUUUUUUAGGUGUUGUUUGAAGUGUAGCUGUAAAACAUUUAUUCAUAUUGUUUUGCUCACCCUUAUGUUAUUACCAGAUGACAAUAAAUGCUGUGGGAUUGUU